AUGCCCUUGAAGCUGAUGACAAAGCACGAUCUGCCCCCUCACAGCUACAAUUUCCUCGUCCCCCAUGUGUCCGAAAACACCACUUCGACCUCCGUGCGCACCGAACUCCACAUGUGGUACCCUAUUCCGGAAGAGAAAUGCUCCAGCAAUGAGAGGUGUUCGUGCUUCAUCCCGAGGUCCCGUGUGGCCACGCUCUCAGGGAGGGAGGGUCCGCGGAGAAGGAGGAGGAGCCCACGCCACUCGCCCGCCGUGAGUGACCAUCCCUCCUCCUCACCCCCAUGGCCGUGGAACAAACACUCCCCUUCGCCAUCCCCCACCUCGCAUUGCAGCCAUCUCGCACUGCACCCCCUCGUCUCUGCUCAUGAGGAGUUAAUCCAUUUGCUCCACGGGGUGAUAGAACAGAUGGCAACUUCCUUGUCUGUGUCUUGCAAACUCUUUAUCACUUCCUACAGGUCUGAAGUUUUUGGACAUUGCGGCGAUGUGAACCAGGGAAGAUCUGCAUUGAAAAAUGUAUCAUUAUCUAAUGCUUGGUUAGGAUCAAAGAGAUCGCUUCGACAACUCCAUGCGCGAAGUUGGCAAAAUCAGGAAGGGAAGACAGGACCCCUUCCAUGCCAGGCUCUAUUCGGAAGGAAAGCUCCCAAGGACGAGAAUGAAGCCGAUGACGCUGGUGACGCCGAUGAUGGUUCAAGUGAUAACGACUCGGCUAAACAUAUUAUGCAACAGCCAAAAAUCAUGGUGAGUUCAGAGGCUUUUCGGCAACAGAUGCAACGCAUGGUAAACAGUGCCAAUGACGACGCUUCUUUUCGAGGAAUUGAUUUGGCGACACUAAUAAGAAAGAAGUACGGGAAAUCUUAUGAUGUGCAAUUUGUGAAGAAAGAAUUUAUGGGUCGCCAGCUCUUGGCCAUGAAUGUGAUGUGGAAGUAUCGUGAGCAGCGUUCCUUUCCUUUAACAGAGGAGGAAUACCUGCUGCGUUUAGAUGAUGUUGCCAACAAUUUGAGAUGCUGGGGAGCUGUCGGUCUCGUCCGCAGUAGUCUUGAGAAGACCAAAGAACGACCCCGUAUAGGCAAGGCGGUGAGCAUUUUCAUUGACCUUGACGAAUCUGGAGGGAGGGCGAACGAAUGGAUAAACAGAUGAAGUCAAACAAGGCCGUUGCAAAUUGCACAUGCAUUUGUAGAUACUUAUUCAUCACAAAUUGUACUUUACAUUGAUGGACCAAGUUUUGACCGUUGUCCUCGAGGAUGCCUAUGUUUACUAUCUCUAUCCAGCUUGUGCACUGGAAGGUGUUGUGGGCAAACUGGACUGUAGAGAUAGAUUAAAAUAUUAGCGCCUACUUAUUUGGACACGUACUUAAGUGAAAAAAGACGCUCCACUACUCAAAUUGGAGGGUGCUUAUCUGUAUCAGUAAAAUUGAACACGUUGAUAUUAUUCAAUUUAUUAUUC